GACACUGGGGCUUUUUUUUCUCUCUUUCAAAACUGAAAAUAAACAAAUCGUUGUCUGUCAGAGCUGAGUUGUUUUGGUGACGGAAUGGAGGAGAAACCUUUAAGAGUCCUUGUUUGCGGUGAUGUCGAAGGCAGAAUCAGUGCUUUGUUCAACCGGGUGAACACAAUUCAGAAGAAGAGCGGACAAUUCGAUCUGCUGUUAUGCGUUGGAGAUUUCUUUGGGAAGUCUCCUGAGGCUGAGGCGGAAUGGGAGGCGUACAAGUCUGGAGCUAAGAAAGCUCCUAUUCACACGUACAUUCUGGGAGCCGCGAGCCAGGAGACGGUGAAAUAUUUCCCCAGCUCUGAUGGGUGUGAACUGGCUGAAAAUAUCAUCUAUUUAGGGCGGAGAGGUGUUUUCACGGGAGCGUCAGGCCUGCAGGUGGUGUACGUCAGUGGCAGAGAGUCUCAGCAGGAACCGGCGCCCGCGCACUGUUUCACCCCGAAAGAUCUCGCCGCCCUCGUCACGCCGCUGGCGUCCAGCUCUAAGUUUAAAGGCGUCGACAUCCUUCUGACCUCGCAGUGGCCUCGAGGAGUCUGGCAGUACGGGAACAACCCGGAAGUCGACACGAAGUUCUGUGGCGUCGCGUCUAUCGGAAAUCUGGCGGAAAAACUAAAGCCUCGCUACCACUUUGCUGGAAUGGAAGGCGCUUACUACGAGCGACUGCCGUACAGGAACCAUGUGGUCCUUCAGGAGAACGCCCAGCAUGUCAGUCGCUUCAUUGCGCUGGCGACAGUGAACAAUCCCGGGAAGAAAAAGUACUUGUACGCGUUCAAUAUUGUCCCGAUGAAAAGCAUGGAGCCAGCAGCGUUGGUCAAACAGCCCGAGGACGUCACUGAGAAUCCGUACAGGAAAGUGACGAAGGAGGGCAGAAAGGAGACACUCCUGCUUCCGUCCGCAGCUGCUGGAGAGGACGAGCCAGCUUCUCAGUUCUUCUUCGAUUUGGGCCAGAAGAAGCCGCAGCAUCAUCGGCACCAGCAGCAUCAGGGCGCAGGGAGGAAGAGGUGGCCGGACGGAGACGGCGACGGCGACAGAUCCGUUCAGCACAAGCUCCCUCGCAAACCCCCUCAGCCUGCUGGACCGUGCUGGUUCUGUUUAGCCAGUCCUGAGGUGGAGAAGCACCUGGUCAUCAGCAUCGGGACGCACUGUUACAUGGCGCUGGCUAAAGGCUGCCUCACCCCGGACCACGUGCUGCUCCUGCCCAUCGGACAUUACCAGUCGGUGGUGGAGCUGCCGUCUGAGGCAGUGGACGAGCUGCAGAAAUACAAAAGCGCCGUCAGGAAGCUGUACAAGAGCCGCGGCCGACGCUGCGUCCUGUUCGAGAGGAAUUACCGCAGCCAGCAUCUUCAGCUCCAGGUGGUGCCUGUGCCCAUGGAGACGUGCACUACUGAGGACAUAAAAGAGGUGUUUACGGUGCAGGCUCAAGAGCAGCAGAUGGAGCUGAUGGAGAUCCCGGAACACACCGACCUCAAACAGAUCGCUCCCCCGGGAACGCCGUAUUUCUACGUGGAGCUGGAUACAGGAGAGAAACUGUUUUACCGCAUUAAGAAGAACUUCCCUUUACAGUUUGGCAGGGAGGUCCUGGCGAGCGAGGCGAUCUUGAACAUACCCACACGCUCAGAUUGGAGAGAGUGUAAAAGCAGCAGAGAGGAAGAAGAAGCUCUGACCAAACAGUUUCGCACCGACUUCCAGCCCUACGACUUCACCGUGGAGGACUGAGGAACAUUUUCUCAUCACACACACACACACACACACACACACACACACACACAGACGAUAUAACUUGUGUCUCGUGUCUCUUUUACCGUACAGACGACUUCUUCUUUUUUUUUUUUUAUUUUAAAUAAGUUUUUAAAUGGAUAUUAACAGCUCUUUGUUUUUACUACUUUGUUUCUGACCGUCAAUGCCUAAAGUUUUCCAAGGACACGUCUUGUUUUUUUUGUUUUUUGUUUUUUUUUGGUUAAUUAAAGUUGUACAGUCAAAAAUCUUUAUCCAAACAGUCGCUCAUUAAAAUAGUUUUUGAAUGCUUA